CUCUCAAGUUAGUUUGUCAUUGAGUAUUUUGAAAAGCGGACGUAUCCAGAAGAAUCAGUAAAAUUAAAAAAAUUUGCGAUUACUAACUUUCUUUAAAAUGACAAUCAAAUAUACUCUUGUGAUUUGCUCAAUAUGUAUUUGGGUAGCAACUCAAGCUACUCUUCCUUCAGAAAAAGAGUGCUCUAGGUUUACAAAAUGUGUUCCGUUUAGCUAUUGCAGUUACGCCGAAAAAAAUGAUGUCGAGUUCUGUAACAAUAGUGAUGGCAGUUAUGUUUGCUGCCCGUUCUUCGAGGCAACUUCGGAUACUGAAAAAGCUUGCCAGGAAUACUAUAGAGACUCAUCGAUCUGUCCGAAAGGAGGGUUAAUUUUCAACGGAGUAAAGACAGAACCGGGCGAAGCACCAUACAUGGCCAUUAUCGAAGCAUGGAAUAAUACGUUCAUACAUAAGUGUGGUGGAGCCUUGGUUCACAACCAAUAUGUUCUCACGGCCGCCCACUGUGUUCUAGAAGCCCGUGCCGAAAAUACGUCGGAAUUAGAAUAUUUCGUUCGCCUUGGAGUUUAUAAUCGCACUGAAGGUGAUAUAAUUAAGCGUUAUAAAGUGGUGCAAAACUUUUCAUCUAAUUACGAUGGAUUAACAAUUAAAAAUGAUAUACUUUUGAUAAUGCUUAAUGAAACCGUAAAGUUUACUGAGAAUAUCAGACCUGCUUGCCUACCGUCAGUUGAAUACCCUAUACAAGAGAGUGACAAUUUACUUUUUUACGGAUUUGGAGGAAGAAAUAGUAAAGAGCCAUCCAAUGAAGUAUUAAUGAGGGCUAGAAUGCGUGUCAUCUCUGACACGAACUUCUCAAAUGAAAAAUACGAAUAUAUUAAAGCCACUGGCUACAACAUAACAUCUGACGCAUGUGGAGGAGAUUCUGGGGGCCCAUUAGUUCGGCGGCAUCCAUUUUAUAAACCUUGUUUAUCGGAAGUCAUGGCCGUGGCGUCGGAUGGACCAAAUUGUGAUGCAAGUGCUCCGCUAACCCUGUAUACUAAUGUUUUGCACUACCUUCCCUGGAUUCAUAAAGUUUUAUGGAAUAUUUCGGAAAACCACGUACGACCCCGUCCUACGCCUUUUUUCAAAAUUUUUCUUAAUUAAAACAAGGGUUAUCAUGAAAAAGAAAUAAUACAUAAAAUUUGAUCCUUUGGUCCAACGUUGCCAUACACCAAACAAACCAAACAUAAUCAAUCCAAACUCAGCUUAUAACAAAUAUACUUUUAAGACUCAAAUUGUUUAGGAACUAUCGAUACAUAGUUUAUAAGUUAUCCUAUAUUGUCAUCUUUAUAUUUUCUAUACCUACUAGCUUUAGAAUCCACAACAUGUAUGCA